AUGGAGUUAGAGUGUGAUGGGAGCUGUGAAACUUCAAAAAUCGUAAGGGACGAAGAUGCGGAUGUCAAGCGUAAAACCAUUGAUGUCGAUUCAUAUGGGAGAGAAGAUGUUCCAAAUCCCUCAAAAAUAAGGAAGAAUGUCAAACAAUCAAUGGUUUGGGACCACUUUGAGAGACUUAAAGGUGAUCCUAAUGACCCUCGUGCUAAAUGUAAAUAUUGUGGAGUUGUUUAUGCAUGUCAUUCUAAACGUAAUGGUACUAAAACUAUGAAGCAUCGUUUAGAAAAUUGCAAGAAGUACCCUUACCAAAAAAAGAGAGACCAAACCCAAAUGACAUUAGCUUUUAAACUUAAAGAUAAAUUUGGGGAUAAUUCUUCACAACUUGUAUGUGAGUCAUUUAGUUUAGAGGGUUGUCGGGAAGCUUUGGUUGAGAUGAUAAUAGUUGAUGAAUUGCCCUUUAAGUUUGUGAACGGUAAGGGGUUUAAGAAGUUUGUGGAUAAAUUAACAUGUGGAAAUCAUACUAGAUUUGUUGUUCCAUCUCAAUUUACUGUGGCUAGAGAUGUGCUUAAGUUGUAUGUUAAUGAGAAGAAUCGUUUGAGAGACAUGUUUGUAAAAAAUAAGUAUAGAGUUUCUCUCACUACUGAUUGUUGGACAUCGGGACAAAAUAUUAAUUACAUGGUCCUAACUGUCCAUUUCAUUGAUUCUGAUUGGAAAUUACAUAAGAGAAUACUUAGUUUUUGUCCAAUUGAGAAUCAUAAAGGUGAUACUAUUGGCAAAACCAUUAAAAAGAAUUUGAAGGAUUGGGGCAUUGAGAGGGUAAUGACUUUGACGGUUGAUAAUGCAAGUUCGAAUGACACUGCUGUUGCUUAUCUUUUAAAGAGAUUCAAUAAAGGAUUAUUGUCUGGUGGGGAAUUUCUGCAUGUUCGUUGUUGUGCCCAUAUAUUGAAUCUUAUAGUAACUGAUGCUUUUAAAGAACAUAAUGAUUGUAUUGAUAGGAUUCGAUAUGCCGUGCGAUUUAUAAGGUCUUUUCCUGCUCGUUUUUUGAAAUUUAAAAAGUGCAUUGAACUUGAAAAAAUUGCUUGUAAGAGUUAUGUGUGUCUUGAUGUUCCUACAAGAUGGAACUCCACAUAUAUGAUGCUUGAAGCUGCUGUUAAGUUUGAAAAAGCUUUUGAUAGAUUAGAAGAUGAAGAUGCCGCGCAUAGACAUGAUAUGUCACCGAAUAAGGAAGAUUGGACAAAUGCUAGGAUAUUAAUACGUGCAAAUGAAUUGUUAGUUGGAAUGGCUAAUAACAUGAAGGCAAAUUUUGAGAAAUAUUGGGGAAACAAUGAAAAGAAUAAUUUGUUGUUGUAUGUUGCUAUUGUGUUGGAUCCUCGAAAGAAAUUAAGAUUUGUAUCUUUUUGUUUGAAAAAUUUUUUUGGUCCCAAGGUUGUUGAAUCCAUGGGAAAUGUAGUGGAACAAUGUUGUAGACGUCUCUUUUAUGAGUAUAGUACUACUCGAAGUGGGAGUAGACAAGGAUGUAGUAGUACUAGUACAACUAGUACACAAACUGUUUCAGGCUUGGAUGCUAAUAUUGUUUUUGAUUCAAAUGAAAAUGUGGGUGAAGAUUUUGUCUACGACACGAUUGUUGAGGAAUUUGAAGGUGAUGCUCUGAAGGUGAUGUUGACAUACUACAGUGGUGGAAGAUGA